AUGGCAUCUGAACCAUCUAUUUCCGUACUUCGGUUGACCAAUGGCGUCGAUAUGAUAAGUCUACACCUUUUACCACCACUGUGGAGGAUGUCGGCUCACCAGCGAACAUUUGAAGGAAAAACCGUUAUCGUCACCGGUUCUUCGCGGGGUGUUGGGGCAGAAGUUGCGCGGGACCUCGGCAGACAAGGCGCAAACGUGGUCGUCAACUACGUCUCUGACGCUUCCGAGCUGCUCGCGGCGGACGUCGUCCAGGCCAUCGUCGCCGCCGGAAGCAAGGCCAUCGCUGUUCAGGCAGACACCUCCACUGUCCCUGGCGGCCAAAUUCUCGUUGAUGCAGCCCUCGAAGCAUAUGGGCAGAUCGACAUCCUGGUCCUCAAUGCUGCCAAGGCCGCCGCCGUCCCCCUGGCCACCAUGGAGGUAGCGGAUUACGACCUGCAAUUCGAUACCAAUGUGAAAGGGCCUUUGUUUCUCGUGAAAGCGGCGGCGCCGUACUUGCCUCGACGUAUGUUUCCACGGGAGGCAGGAUCAUUUUUUAUUUCGUCAGUAUGGGUCAUAACCCCUGAGACACCGAGCACCGCGAUGCUUUAUACCGCUUCUAAAGGAGCCCUCGAACAAAUCUCACGCUUGUUGGCCAAAGAUCCCGACAUCGGCGGAAAAGGCAUCACCGUCAACACCCUCGCGCUGGGUGCAGUCGACACGGACAUGCUGCGCCGAAACGCCGCACACAUCCUGCAGCAGCUGGCGGAAAAGGUCCCCACCAAGAGAAUCGGGGAGGUCGGGGACAUUGCACCAGUUGUCGCAUUUAUCGCCAGUCCAGCUGCCCAGUGGGUGAAUGCGCAGACUGUGCAAGUGAAUGGGGGUUGGGCUUGA